AUGACUUCGUCACAUAUUGGUAGACAAAUCGACUCCUGUUGGGGAAAAACAUUUGGAAGAGAGGCAGCGUCAGGCGGCGCGACAGCAUUUAGAAAAGCUGUAGUGUCAGCUGUUGAGGAGUAUAAUGACGAGAUUCGCGAGGACUUGGCUACACUUAUGAAGCACCACAAGACGACAACAGACCAGUAUUACUUGCUUAGAAGACAAGCGAAAUCUGCCAUAAACGCAUCAAGACAAGUGACCCAAAUCAUGCAUACUUCGCAGCAAUCAUCCAGGCAUAAGUGGAGUGAUGAUGAGGAGCAAGUUUUGAAAAAACUAUUUUCCAAACAAAUUAAUAACUGUUCGAUUUCCAUACAUGAGGUGAAAGAAAUUUCACAGAAAUAUCCACUGCUCUCCGAUAUGCCUUUAAUGGUUAUUCGUAACAAGGUCCGGUCCUUUUUCAAGACUCAAGAGGACACUGCUGUUUUGCCAAAAGAAUUGGAGACUUCGGAUCAACGUUGCGAAAGGCUUGGGUUAUCAGUCGAUAAGACAAGGAGUGGAAAAAACAACAAAAUGUCAUGGAGUACACACGAUUGA